AUGAGGAAAUAUCGCCAACAUGGAAACUGCCCCGCGUGGCUUACGCCAUUGCGGAAGUUUUUCCUCAUUUGCCUGGUAUUUGAAAAGAUGUCUGCUACCAACCCUACCAGAAAGUAUCGCGCGAUGCUAGCGAACGCUAUUACAGGUUCUGGCAGUUUCUGGGUAGAGGUAUCCCGCGAUAAAGCGGAGGGCUCAGGUCUGUACCUAAGUAACGAACUUGGGGGCAUUAGGAGUUUUCUUUGUCUAGUUUGUCUUUUGCGCUGGGAUUCAUUUCUCACUGACAUGGUGGCCGAAGUUUCUACUCGUAUCCGCAAAAGCAAGCUCGAGUAUGGCACCAAGCGAGUGCUGCAGGUGUUUCUGCAGUCCGCACACUUUCGCAAUUCGCGCAUGACAAACAGGGGCAAUACUAGCCUUAUCCCGCUUCCCGUGUCAAUAAAUAAUGGGUUUUCUGACUUAUAA